AUGGGAGGUUUCCAGACCAUCAGCAAUUCCGUCAGGUCGCUUAAACAGCACGAAAGGCAGGUGAUAGUCCACCAGAACUACUUGGCAGAAGCCGAAAUCAACAUACCGAUUAUCUUUGGGGAAGCUGAUACCAAGAACAUGGCCAUGUCGUCGACAAGCCGACCAUCUAUAACGUCAUCAUGGGAACACUGA